AUGUCAGACAAACCUCAAUGCGGUGGCGGUGCUGCCAACCUCGAUGAUUAUGACCUUCCACUUCAUGUCGCGGCCGUCUUCUUGGUCUUUCUUUUCAGUAUUGCAGGAGCUGGUCUUCCAGUUGUGGGAAAAAGACUCAUUCCGACAGCAUUUGCAUCACUCAGCGACCCAUGUCUUCCAUCACUUCUCAUUGAUGACUACCCAGCCAUGCCCGGUGUGAUCAUGAUGUUUGCCCUAUUUGCCCUCUUCACCAUUGAGAUGUGGCUCAAGGCCAAAACCGGAGGCCACUCUCACGGAGGACCUAUGGGAAGUGGAGCUACCACAACCCACGGAACCGUCGGACUAGCUACUCAAGGAGCACGACCAGGUGUGAGUACAGCUCAGAGCCUUCCACCAUAUGGCCACUCAAGAGAUCCAUCCAGCUAUGACUUUGAAAAGCCUCAUGCAUAUACACAUACCUAUGAGGUGAACGCAAGUCCCCGUGAGGAAAUGGAACAAUACAACAAUAUGUCAGACAUGCCACCAUGGUUUCAAGUGUUCUAUGCUCAAUAUGUUCGUCAGCGAGAAGAGUUGAAGUCGGCAAUCAUGGCGCUCACACCACCACUUGUCAGCGAGACUUCGUCCUUUGACGAUGGCUCUUCAAUCAAUCUUGCUGACCCUGAAGCCUCGGCGGUGGAUGCUAUGACAUUGAAGAGAAUGAACCUUAACAUCACCUUACUCGAAGGUGGUAUUCUCUUCCAUUCCAUCUUUGUCGGCAUGACCAUUUCAAUCACCACUGACGGAUUCUUGAUCUUGCUGAUUGCUAUCCUUUUCCAUCAAUUUUUCGAAGGUCUUGGUCUCGGGUCACGUAUUGCUGAAGUCCCAUACCCCAAAAAGGCUAUCCGUCCUUGGGUUUUGGUAGUGGCAUUUGGAACAACAUGCCCUAUUGGCCAAGCAAUUGGCUUGAUGACACGCAACUCAUACGAUCCAAACAGCGCUUUUGCCCUGAUUCUUGUCGGAGCAUUCAACGCGUUUUCGUCCGGUCUCCUUGUCUAUGCAGCCUUGGUAGACCUCCUUGCAGAAGACUUCUUAUCCGAGGAAGCCCAGCACCUCAUGACAAAGAAGAAUAAGAUCGUCGCCUUCUGCUAUGUGCUCCUCGGAGCUGCUGGCAUGUCAGUUGUCGGCGCGUUUGCCUAA